CCCAGAAGGCUGCGGCAGUCCCUGCCGGGGCCGGCGGGCGCGGCGGCGACGGGGCCCGCCGGCGCAGUGGCCACCAGUGGACUGAACAUUCACACGGAGGAGGCUAUGGACGCGCCCCCGACCACAGUGGACGGCGCCGCCUCCCCAGCCAAAACAAACGGUGCCGCCUCUCCGAAGAACACGGACAGUGUUGCGUCCUCGUGUGAGGUGGACCCCUCGCCUUCGCGCAAGACGGAUCCCGCGCCCUUGAGUAAAACGGAGGACGCUACGCCCCCGCCGUCGCCGCCAAGCGGAGAGGCUACCAGGACGGCAGUGAAGGCUGGGGACGCCGCGGAAAACGGAGUGGACGCCGCCGACGCAGACCGCUCGGACGUGCCGCCGGCCUCUAAGGACGCGCCCGCCGGGGAGGGCGACGCUUCACCAUCCCCCGGCGACGCUCCGUCACCCCCAGAGGACGCUAAACCACCCUCGGAGGACGCUGAACCACCCUCGGAGGACGCUGAGCCACCCUCUGGGAACGCUCCGACGCCAUCCAGCAACUCGUCGCCGGUGGGCCGGCGCAGCAGGCCGCGGCGGACCAUCAAACGCUCUCCGCAGGUGGCCGCGUUCAUCAGCAGCGCGCGCCGCCUGCUGGAGGCCGACAGACGCCGGCGGAGGCGCUCGGAGCCGGCGCCCAGCGCCCCGUCCGGCGCCGACGAGCCGGCGGAGGCCGAGUCGGCGCCGGCCGUGCUGCAGGCCGCUCCCGACACGGACGGGCCGUCGCUGGCGCUGAAGAGGCGGAGACUGAGCACGAGCAGGUCGGCUCGGUCCGAGGAGGGCUCCGAUCCGGACUCCCAGGCCAGCCAGCAGCCGAAGCGCGGAGCGGCCGGCCGGCUGGCGGCUGCCGAGGCGCGGCGCGCGCGCACUCGCCGCCGGCGCACCGCCGUGGUGACGCUGUCGGAGAGACGUCUCAUGGAGGAGAGUCCGCCGGAGCCGAGCCGGCCUCCGGCCGCCGCGGCAGCCACCGACCCCGGGCGGCCGGAGGAGGAGGGAUCCGUGGAAAUGGACACCCAGACGCCGCCGGAGCAGUGCGGCGCACCACCGCCGGACGGCGAUAUCUCGGCAGAGCGGCCGGCCGACCUAACGGAAGAGGAGCCGCCGGUGAAGGUCGCUGCGAGCGAGGACCCGGGCGGGACAGAACCGAUGGUGACGGAGGAACAGGACGCGGCAGAAACGACGAUGAGCGACGACCAACGCGUCGUGGCACCGGCGGCGACCGACGAAAAUGACGCGUCAGAGCCAGCGAAGAGCGAUGAACAGGCGGCGCCGUCACCGGAGGGGAUCCCAGAAACCGAGGCGUCCGUUGCCCAGUCCAACGGGCCGGUGGCUGAUGGCGCAACUGCCGCGGUGGGUGAGAGCCCUUCUACUGUGAACGAGAGCGCUCCGUCGGCGGAUGAAGGCACUCAUCCGGUGGAUGAGGGCGCCCUCCCGGAGGAUGAAGGCGCCACUCCAGUAGACGAAGAUGCCCCUCCAAUGGACGAGAGCGCACCCUCGGACGAUGCUGCUACCGGUGUCGCUGCAGCGACUGCCGCCGACACAGCCGACAUCACUCCCUCGGCUGCGGCCGCUGGCGCCCCUCCAGAGAGUCCGCUGAAGGCUCCGGCGGUGCCGGAGGUCGUCGUGGAGACCCAGUCGGAGCGCGCGGACCGGGCCGUCACUCCUCCGCCACCCGCCGCUGCGCCCGUCGGUGGUGACCCGGAGCCGAUGGACAGUGUGAGCGUGACUGAAUCACCUCAGGUGGCGGCGACCGAAUCGGACAGAACCGCCCCGGCGGAACCCGGGGUGACGGUGACGGACUCCAACGGGCCGGCCGCCGUGGAGCCGCCGCCAGAGGAGCACGAGGGCACGCCUCUGAAGCGGGCCGUGGUGCGCCUGUCGCGCCUCUCCGAGCCGGCGGUCUGCAGCGCGCGGCGCCAGCUCGGUCUGGACGAGCCAGCCACGCCGAGCUCGGAGGCUGCCGGGGACGCGGCGCCGGCGGCCGGCCCGCCGCCGCCGCCCGCUGAGUCCGAGGAACUGUUCGCGUCCCCCGAGCUCAACGGCGGUCUGCCGCCGAGACGCGCCGCCGCCCCCGCGCCGCCGCCAGUGGCCACGUCCCGCGCCGCUCGCCUGGUCGGGCUGGCCCAGAAGCGACAGGCGCCGCCCGCAGACGCUGCCGAGAGUCCCGAGCGCGAGCGGUCGCUGCCGGCGCUGCCGCCCACGCCGUCGACGCCGGUGCAGCGGCGGCCGCCCUGGGCCCGCCACGUGUACUCGCCUCAGGCGUCCCCCAGCGCGGGCAUCUUGAAGCGGCGGCGGCUGAUGGGCCCGCCUUCGGUCGACUCGCCGCCCACGCCCGGCAAGCGGCGCGCGGUUCAGUUUGCCGAGCCGCCCGUCUCGGACAGCGUGGAGAUCCCGCGGGCCGGUCGGCCGCCGUUGCGCGCCUCUCGGGGCCGCGGCCGGCGCGGCCUCAGGAUGGAGCCGUCACAGGACUUUGAGGAGUCGCCCCCGGCGGCGUGUGGCGACUCGGCGGGCCUGUGCCCGGCGCUGGCCGACUGCACGGAUAGCGUGGCCGAGCUGGUGGACCGGCUGACGUCUGCCUCGUGGCGCACGGGCCUGGUGCGGCUGCUGUCGGCACGCGGCGUCAGCACGGUCGGACAGCUGGCCCGGCUGCCGCCGGCGCAGCUGGCCGACCUGCCGUUCCGCUCGCCGCGCGUGGAGACGGUGACGGCGGCGCUCAGUGGCUACCUGGCCGUCCGGCAGCAGAGGACGGACGCGGCCGGUAGGACGGCGCCCGCAGCGCCACCUGGCGACAUGGAGGAGCCGACACCCGACGCUGAGGAGCCGACACCCGACGGCGAGGGGCCGACACCCGACCUGGGAGAGCCGACACCCGACCUGGGAGAGCCGGCCCCUGACGUCGAGCAGCGCCCGGCCACCUGCUGCGCGUCCACCCAGACCUGUUCGCCAGCCCUGGUGGACGCGGCAGCCGGCCCGGCCGCCGCCGCCGCCGUCCUGGCCGCCGUCACCCAGACGCCGCCGCCGCCCGAGCUACGGUCGGAGGCGCAGCAGACGGCGCCGCCCCAGCUGCGCAGCACCGGCCAGCAGGCGGAGCCGCCGCGCCGCGAGGCGGCCACGGCCACCGAGCGGCCGGCGCGGCGCACCGCCGGUGUGCAGACGGCCCGGCUCGCCGGCCGGCACGUCCACGUCCAGGCGGAGCCGACCACGGCCGACGCCGGCACCGCCUGCGAGGUGACCAGCACGCAGGAGGGCGGCACGCAGACCGAGGGCGGUCUGAAGGAGCUGGUGGUUCCCCUGCUGCGGGCCGCCUCACGCGCCGAGCUGCUAGAGAUUUGGGUGGCGUGUUUGGCCGAGUGAUGGCAUUGGGGCGUGUCUGACCGAGCGAACGGUGGAGUUGUGGCGUGUUUGGCUGAGUGAGUGAGGAAAUAGAGGCGCGUGAAAGUGACGACACUGUCCUAAGUGCCGCGGUGUUAGUGACGAUGACAGAGCUCGCGUUCGUAACGGACCAUCGUCCGCUCUUUCAGUUCUUGAAACUCAGUCUGAUUCUGUUAGUUUAUAAUGUAGAGACUUGUGCCAUGUUCACACCCACGUCAUGCUAGAAGUGCCAAGUAGGAUGCACAUAAGGCACGCCAGUGUAGCGGCCAACUGGUGGCGAAUCCGUGCCAGGAAGGUCCGUGGCGGGCGGUGGAUGAGCUUUCGUGUACUGUCGUGAUAGCUGAUAAACCAGGGCGACUUCGGCGCAUCGGACAGUCACAAAUAGACGCCGCUCACUCCGUGCUUAUCAAUUGGAUUGUGCCACUGCUCCCGUAAUUGAAUAGAGCAUUUGUAAGCGUGUCUAAUUUAUCGUUUUUGCUGAAUGGACGGGUUGAUCACGGGUGCGGUAAUUUAUCGUUUUUGCUGAAUGGACGGGUUGAUCACGGGUGCGGGUGAAAGGUGAUCGUGAACCUCCUAAUCGCGAUGCUAACCGCGAACCCCGCCCACCACUCGCCACUGGCCACCGCUGACCUCCCGACAUAACAACAACUCUGAAAUCCUGACCUGACCCGGACGUGGAAUUAGUCCUUGCUGCUCCGUAUGGUCAAAUGACCUUUGCCAGUGAAUUGAGAAUGCAAAUGUUGCAAUAAACGUUGUUCCACGACCC